GUUCCAUCGCAAGAAUGAGCUGCACCCACGAGCAUGCGGACCACGACCAUUCCCACGAUCAUGACCAUUCCCACGAAGCCGAAGAUGCUGAUGGCGAGUCCCUGUUCCAGUACAUUGACACAAGCAAAGUUCGUUGCUUGAACGCUUUGGAUGAGGAGCACCGCACUCACCCGUUCAAGAGCGCGGCCCACAAGAAAAACAAAGACACGUACUUGGAGUCCAACGAAGACGACCCAGAAUUGAUCGUGUACAUUCCUUUUACUGAAGCUGUCAAUGUCAAGUCGAUUUGCAUUUCCGGCGGUGAAGAUGGUUUGCAUCCGAAAUCUGUAAAGUUGUUUGCCGGCCGCGAGGACAUUGACUUUACCAAUGCGACGGAACUACCACCGCUUCAAAAGUUGGAACUAACGGAAGAUUUCGAUGCCCACAUCGACUACCCGCUUCACUUGCGCAAAUUUCAAGGAGUGAGCAGCCUCACUCUUUUCUUUGACAUGAGUUUUGGCGGGGACCAAACUCGCCUGUACUACAUUGGCCUCAAGGGCGAAUCCAAAAAGUGGCGCCACGGUGUCGUCGAGUGCGUGUACGAAAGCCGCCCGCAGUUCAGCGACCACAAAGUCCCCGGUUCCGCUAUGUUCAACACGUCGUCACGAGAAUCUGCAUGAUGCAACAAUGCAGUGCAUUUCCUCUUAAAUAUACACUCGACUACUCGUUGUCUA